AUGCAGUCCAUCAAGCGUACCUUGCUCCUCCUCGGAGCUAUCCUUCCCGCGGUCCUCGGUGCCCCUGUGCAGGAAACCCGCCGGGCCGCCGAGAAGCUUCCUGGAAAGUACAUUGUCACAUUCAAGCCCGGCAUUGACGAGGCAAAGAUUCAGGAGCAUACCACCUGGGCUACCAACAUUCACCAGCGCAGUCUGGAGCGUCGUGGCGCCACUGGCGGUGAUCUUCCUGUCGGUAUUGAGCGCAACUACAAGAUCAACAAGUUCGCCGCCUAUGCAGGCUCUUUCGACGAUGCUACCAUUGAGGAGAUUCGCAAGAACGAAGAUGUUGCCUACGUCGAGGAGGACCAGAUCUACUACCUCGAUGGCCUGACUACCCAGAAGAGUGCCCCCUGGGGUCUGGGCAGCAUUUCCCACAAGGGCCAGCAGAGCACCGACUACAUCUACGACACUAGUGCCGGCGAGGGCACCUAUGCCUACGUGGUGGAUAGCGGUGUCAAUGUCGACCAUGAGGAGUUCGAGGGCCGCGCCAGCAAGGCCUACAACGCUGCCGGUGGUCAGCAUGUGGACAGCAUUGGCCAUGGCACCCACGUUUCCGGCACCAUUGCUGGCAAGACUUAUGGUAUCGCCAAGAAGGCCAGCAUCCUUUCGGUCAAAGUUUUCCAGGGUGAAUCGAGCAGCACUUCCGUCAUUCUUGACGGCUUCAACUGGGCUGCCAACGACAUUGUUAGCAAGAAGCGUACCAGCAAGGCUGCAAUCAACAUGAGCUUGGGCGGUGGCUACUCUAAGGCUUUCAACGAUGCGGUCGAGAACGCAUUCGAGCAGGGUGUUCUCUCGGUUGUCGCUGCCGGUAACGAGAACUCUGAUGCCGGCCAAACCAGCCCUGCCUCUGCCCCUGAUGCCAUCACUGUUGCCGCUAUCCAGAAGAGCAACAACCGCGCCAGUUUCUCCAACUUUGGCAAGGUCGUUGACGUCUUCGCUCCCGGUCAAGAUAUCCUUUCUGCCUGGAUUGGCUCUUCCUCUGCCACCAACACCAUCUCUGGUACCUCCAUGGCUACUCCCCACAUUGUCGGCCUGUCCCUCUACCUCGCUGCCCUUGAGAACCUCGAUGGCCCCGCUGCCGUGACCAAGCGCAUCAAGGAGUUGGCCACCAAGGACGUCGUCAAGGAUGUUAAGGGCAGCCCUAACCUGCUUGCCUACAACGGUAACGCUUAA